AUGGAGUUGUUGCGCUCGCAGCUUGGAGGGGACAAUUCGCUCUGGAACUUUGCUUCGGCCACCACUACAGGACUCGCAGGUGUCGUUAAACUUCGGAACGGGUUGGCCGAUUAUCUGUUUAGCGAGACCCAUUGCUACGAGUCCAUUCGAACACACUCACUAUCGGAACCUCUUGCGAAUUGCUUCACAGUAUCGCCGUCAGGUAUCUUUACAAAGGUCUACCAUGACCCCAAUGUCGCCAAUGGGGCAAGCAAGUCGCACCAAGGGCAUGUUAUACCGGGACUCUGGGAUGGACACGGCCACCUGCUCCAAUAUGGAGAGUUCCUAAACUCGGUAGACUUGUUCGGAUCAGCUUCAUUCGAAGACAUCAUUGUUCGUGUCGACAACUACCUCGAUGAACAUCCAGACGCGGGAAAUGCGGAUAAUUGGUUGAGAGGAACCGGAUGGGACCAAGCAGCGUUUGGUCGCAUGCCAACGGCUGACGACCUCAGUGUUGACGAACGUCUCAAGGGCCUGUAUAUCAUGCUGGAUCGCGUCGAUGUGCAUUGUAUAUGGGUUUCGCAGCCUGUACUGGAUCUAUUGCCCGAUGACCUUCCUGAUGUACCCGGUGGAGAAAUCAUCCGAAAGCCCGGCCUAGGUGUCUUUUGUGAUAAUGCAAUGGACAUGAUCAUGGCACUCUGGCCAAAGCCCGACAAUAAGAAGAAACAAAAGUUUCUCCACAGUGCCAUGUCCAAGCUGAACGAGGUUGGACUCGUUGGCAUGGCUGAUGCAGGAGUUUCCCCUAGUAACGCCGCUCUGUUCAAAGAGCUUGCGGGCACCAAGGACUGGACUUUGCGAGUCUAUGCCAUGCUUGAAUGCGAUGAGCGCAAUACCUUUUGCCCAGAGCACGCGAAGAAGCAUAGCAGGGAAGACGGGUUCCUCAGCAUACAAAGCGUCAAGCUCUUCGCCGACGGCGCACUUGGGUCUUGGGGAAGUGCCAUGAUUGAACCCUAUUCGGACCGCCCCGGCACUUCGGGUUCUUUGCUCAUAAACGGGACCGAGUUGGCCCGCAUAACAAAGCUUUGGGCCGAAGCAGGUUUUCAAGUGAAUAUCCACGCCAUAGGAGAUUUGGCAAACAGAUACGCAAUAGAUGCCAUGACGGGAGCCCUUGAAAGUAUUUGUCCGGACGAAAGUCUUGCCUCAUGCCAAGCUCAAAAACGCUUCCGCAUCGAGCACUCCCAGAUCAUCCACCCAGACGACCAGGCACGGAUUCAUGCUAUCGGCAUCAUUCCAUCGAUUCAACCUACACACGCCACGUCGGACAUGGCUUACGCCGAGAAGCGCCUCGGCAAGGAACGGACAGGCAGUGGGGCCUACCGGAUGCGCUCGCUCCUCGAUAUCCCUCCCAUCCUUGGCAGUGAUUUCCCUGUUGAGCCUCCAGACCCGUUCCAGGGCAUCUACGCUGCCAUGACGCGCCGAAGUCCGCACACUGGCCGCGGAACCGAGGAUCAGCCAGACGGGUGGUAUCCUGAAGAGACUCUGAGUCUAGAUCAAGCCUUGCGCGGUUUUACUGAGGCGCCAGCGUAUGGCGCUUUUCUCAAGGGCAAGGCUGGCGUAAUACAAGAAGGCGCCUUUGCCGACUGGGUCGUUCUCGACAUGCCCCUCGAGGAAACCGACGUAGAAGACCUGCGCGCCUAUCGUGUGCGUGAGACUUGGAUAGCUGGGAAGAGGGUCUUUCGGCGAGAGGAGGAUGAGUCAGAAGUGCUGAAUAUCGCCGAUGAAUUGUAA